UCCCGCUGGGCCAUUGCACUGGUUCCAGGCGGCGGGGGAGCGACGCUUCGUGCUCCCGGCGGCUGCUGCCUCUUCUCUUCCGAGCCAGGGGUCCGGGGGGGACAUGGCCACGGCCACUGUGGCAGCAGCAAGACGAGGCUUCUGCCGAGCCCCUCCGCUCCUCCUGCGGCGCGGCUACCAGACGGAGAAGGGCGUCUAUGGCUACCGGCCCAGGAAGCUCGAGAGCCCGGAGCCCCGGGGCGGCCUGGCGCGCCCUCCAGUUGAUCAUGGCCUUGCCAGAUUGGUGACAGUAUACUGUGAACAUGGUCAUAAAGCUGCCAAAAUCAACCCCCUCUUCAGUGGACAAGCCUUGCAGGAGGAUGUGCCUGAAAUCCAAGCUCUUGUGCAGACCCUGCAGGGACCCUUUAAUACCACAGGAUUAUUGAACAUGGGGAAGGAGGAGGCCUCUCUUGAGGAAGUAUUGGUCUAUCUCAACCAAAUCUACUGUGGGCAAGUUUCUAUUGAAACCUCCCAACUUCAGAGCCAGGAGGAGAAAGACUGGUUUGCCAAGCGAUUUGAAGAACUGAAGAAAGAGACUUUCAGCACAGAAGAGCGAAAACAUCUGUCAAAACUAAUGCUAGAAUCUCAGGAGUUUGACCACUUUUUGGCUACCAAGUUUGCCACAGUGAAGCGGUAUGGGGGCGAAGGAGCCGAAAGCAUGAUGGGCUUUUUCCAUGAGUUGCUGAAAAUGUCAGCCUACAGUGGGAUAACGGAUGUGAUUAUUGGCAUGCCCCACAGAGGGAGGCUUAAUUUAUUGACAGGCCUUCUGCAGUUCCCUCCAGAGCUGAUGUUCCGUAAAAUGAGAGGCUUAAGUGAAUUUCCAGAAAAUGUUUCAGCCACUGGAGAUGUCUUGUCUCACUUGACCUCCUCGGUUGAUCUGGACUUUGGCGCGCACCAUCCUCUCCACGUGACCAUGCUGCCUAACCCCUCACACCUGGAAGCUGUCAACCCUGUGGCCGUUGGGAAGACUCGUGGAAGGCAGCAGUCUAGACAGGACGGGGACUACUCUCCAGACAGUUCGGCUCAGCCUGGGGACAAAGUCAUUUGCUUACAGGUUCACGGUGAUGCGUCUUUCUGUGGUCAGGGGAUUGUUCCCGAAACAUUUACGCUGUCUAAUCUCCCACAUUUCAGAAUUGGUGGGAGUAUCCAUCUGAUUGUCAAUAACCAGCUGGGUUACACCACUCCUGCAGAAAGAGGAAGGUCUUCCUUAUACUGCAGUGAUAUCGGGAAGCUUGUGGGCUGCGCCGUCAUCCAUGUCAAUGGAGAUAGCCCAGAGGAAGUGGUCCGUGCCACACAACUGGCUUUUGAAUACCAGCGCCAUUUCCGGAAGGAUGUGAUUGUUGAUUUGUUAUGCUACAGGCAAUGGGGCCACAACGAGCUGGACGAGCCCUUCUUCACCAACCCGGUCAUGUACAAGAUCAUCAGAGCCCGAAAGAGCAUCCCGGACACCUAUGCAGAGCACCUGAUUGCCAGUGGACUCAUGACCCAGGAAGAGGUGUCGGAAAUCAAAUCCUCCUACUAUGCGAAGUUAAAUGACCAUUUAACCAACAUGGCUCACUAUAGCCCUCCGGCCACCAACCUGCAGGCUCACUGGCAGGGCCUGGUCCAGCCACCAGCUUGCAUUAGCACCUGGAACACAGGGGUGCCCCUCGACCUCCUGCGGUUUGUUGGCGGGAAGUCCGUGGAGGUGCCAGAGGAACUCCAGAUGCACAGUCACCUUCUGAAGAUGUACGUUCAGUCCAGACUGGAGAAAGUGAUGGAUGGAACAAAGUUAGACUGGGCCACGGCAGAAGCUCUUGCCUUGGGCUCAUUACUUGCUCAGGGUUUUAAUGUGCGUCUGAGUGGACAAGAUGUUGGCCGUGGAACUUUUAGUCAAAGGCAUGCAAUGGUUGUUUGCCAGAAGACCGAUGACACCUAUAUCCCUCUGAACCAUAUGGACCCUAAUCAGAAGGGGUUUCUAGAGGUCAGCAACAGCCCAUUGUCAGAAGAGGCUGUCCUGGGAUUUGAAUAUGGAAUGAGCAUUGAAAGCCCCAAGUUACUGCCCCUCUGGGAGGCUCAGUUUGGUGAUUUCUUCAAUGGUGCUCAGAUCAUUUUUGACACGUUCAUCUCUGGAGGGGAGGCCAAGUGGCUGCUACAAAGUGGCAUCGUUAUCCUCCUUCCCCACGGGUACGAUGGGGCCGGACCCGACCACUCCUCUUGCCGCAUAGAGCGGUUCCUGCAGAUGUGUGACAGUAUCGAAGAGGGGGUAGACGGAGACACAGUGAACAUGUUCGUGGCGCACCCGACUACUCCUGCACAGUAUUUCCACUUGCUCAGGAGACAGAUGGUCCGGAACUUCCGAAAACCUCUCAUCGUUGCUUCUCCGAAGAUGUUACUCAGGUUCCCUUUUCAGGUGUACAGUGUGGUGAGUCAGCACGUCCAUACAUCACUUGGUGCUCAUCAUGAGAAGUACUCUCCUUCAUCCCCAUCACCUGUUUCAUCCAUCCCCCCACCCACCUCCCCUUGUGUUUAAUUAUAUUUAAACAGAAAUAUCUUUUUAGUUUUAGUUGGCCUCACUGCUUUCUCUCUUAAAAAAAUCUUUCCAGAAUAACUGAGAAUACAGGGAGCACUCUGUCUCACUGUGAGCAGAAAUAAUUUUUUAGACAAAUUUUUAAAGUGCAAGUAGUCGAAGCACCAAUAUCCUUCCCUUAUCUGUGGGGAAUACAUUCUAAGACUCCCUUUGGAUGCCUGAGGUCACAGAUAAUACUGAACCCUGCAUACACUAUGUCUUUUCUUAUACAUACAUACCUAUAAUACAGUUUAAUUUAUAAAUCGAGCUUAACAAGAACUAAUAAUAAAAUACAACAAUCAUGACAAUAUAUUGUAAUAGAAGUUAUGUGAAUAUGGUGGUCUUUUUUUAAAAUGCCUUAUUGUGCUAUACUCACCCUUUUUCUUGUGAUGGAGUGAGAUGAUAAAAUGCCUGCGCGAUGAGAUGCAGCAGAUAAAUGAUGUAGGCGUUGCGACAUAGUGUGAGGCUACUAGCGACCUUUGAUCACAUGUCAGGAGGGAAGAUCACCUGCUUCUGGAUCUAGGUUGACUGUGGGUAACACAAACCGUUGAAAGCAAAACCAGAGAAAACCAGUCUAAUGUACUAUAUUGACAGUCACAAGUUGGGAAUUCCAAGUCUUUUAAUGAAAACCAGUGGUGAUUUUCAUUGGCUUUUAGUGGGAUUUUUUCUGUUAAAUGAUUUACCUAUGGGUAGACUCCUGUUUCAAACAUUAUAACAGUAUAGCUUAUUGCUAUAACACUUCAAAGGGUACAUAUUUUCUUUCUCUCAUGCUCUCUCUCUCAAAUAAACAAAUAAAAUCUUUCUAAAAAAAGAGUACAUUUUAUCUUGGGUCACCUGAACUGAAUGUUAAGCACACAAUAUGUUUUUUAUUAUUUUUUUAAAUUUAUUUUUAUUUUUAUUUUUUUGAGAGGGACAGAGAGAGAGAGAGAAUGCGUGCGUGAGUGGGAGGGGGAAGAGCAGAGGGAAAGGGAGAGAGAGAAUCCUUGCACAUUUUGAGAUGGCUUUGGGAAUAACAGGACAUUCAGGAAAAAUUAAUGCAAUCCCUUUAACACAGUUUUUCUGAUGCGGCUCUUUUGACACAGAUAUUUUGAAACAGCAGUGUUAAAGGGGCCAAGUCAUAAUGCAAAUUACUAUAAUUUAUUUUUAAGAAAUAUGUAUGUCUGGGAUUCUUGACCCAACUUUCAUUGUACCUCUAAGGGGUCACCUGCUCCCUCAAUCAUUUCUAUAAAGGAGUAUAAUCAUAUUAAAUAUAAUAUAUGUAUAUUACUAAGUAAUUACUAAUUGUGUAUAUUACUAAGUAUUGAGUGAACAAUUAGAAAUUUUAUUGAGAAUUUGUUUGCUGUUUGUAAUGAGAAUAACAGUUCACAUUCUGGCCCCACUAGUCCACUCCUUUCCGCAUGUCUAAAAUAUAACUUACCAAAUAAGUGAGGCCUUGCUCCGGUACCUUAAAAAUAUCAACAGCUAGAAGCACCCAGGUGGCUCAGUCAGGUAAGUGUCCGACUCUUGAUUUUGGCUCGGGUCAUGAUCUCAGGGUCAUGCGAUUAAGCCCUGCAUCAGGCUCUGCACUGAGCAUAGAGCCUGCUUAAGACUCUCUCUCCCUCUGUCCCUCUGCUCACAUUCUCUCUCUCAAAAACAAAAACAAAAACAAAAAAACCCCCAACAGCUAUCCUAUAGAUUUGCAAGUGAAAAACUACUCUUAUUAAGUAGCUAAAUAUCUUCAUUAAAUAUGUAAGUCCUUUUACUAGCUGAAAGUGAGUACCACCAUUAUUGAAGUCUGAUUUCUUCCUGAAAAUUAGAUUGUUGGUACAAGUUAUCUAGCAGAACAAAAGUCCAUCCUUUCUUUCCGUGGCAUAUUCAGAGAUGAUUUGCCGUGUGACAAACAUGACCUGGGGCUAUGGGGAGUUUGCCUGACAAGUGGUACCUAAGGUCUACCUGAAUUUCCCAGCCAGCUCUGAACUCCAGUUCCUUUUUCUUUUUUAGUGAGCUCUGUGCCCCAGUGUGGGGCUUGAACUCACGAUGACAUCAAGAGUCACUUGCUCCACUAACUGAGCUAUCCAGGUAGCCCUCCAGCUCCUUUUGAUUCCUACCCUAGGAAAGGGAAGCUGACCAAGGGUUCAGGAGGGAGAAAGAUGGCAUCUGUCAUAUAUUAUUUAGCAAUAAGAAUAAAUAUUAAAAUAAGAAUAAAAUAAAUAUGUAUGAUAUAUAAUAAAAUAAAUAUGCAUCUAUGUAUAAGUAUUUAUAAUUAUGUAUUUUAUAAAGUGUGUAUUUUUUAUUUCAUUCUUUUAGUUGAUAUUAAUUUUUUAGGUUAUAUCACAGUAUCCUCCAUCAACAUGGCUGCCUAUCAGUGGACCAGUAUUCCUAUUUGGGACUAGACCUUAGGGAAAUGACCUAGAGUCAUCAACGCUAAGUUAUUUACAACAAGUACCUAUUUAAAUUGAGCUUAUUAAUAAAAUUUCUUUUCAUCACAGAAGUACUCAUGUAUUAUUCCUGCAUUUUCUGACUCAUUAGGUUUUGCUUGUAAAUUAUAGUCAAAAUCCUAAAGACAGAAAUCCAUGACCGUGUUUAGCUGUUUUUCUUCACAAAUGUCAUUUCUGACUCCAACAAAUGAAAGCAUAUUUUUAUUGAUACUAAAGUGUGAUCAAACUGAAAUUUUGAUUCUUAAAAUUUUGUUGUGGCAUCAGACAAAAGGCAAUCUUAUGUAACCUUGAAAAAAUCAUUUUAUUCCCAAAUAUACACAAUUGGUAUUUUUGGGAAAGAUACUGUGUUUAUUAGUACAUAUAUUUACUUAUAGUCCCAGGAGGAAAGUUUGAUGUUAUUUCUUGGUAAAGAUCCUUUUUUUUUUUUUUUUUGGGUAAAGAUCCCUUAUAAGUAAAGGCAUCUUCAGCUCCUUUCUUUGUUUGAUAGAUUUGUGGCUUUUUCCAU